AUGGUUUUCAAAUUGUUUGCCGCUUUACUAUGGAAAAAUGAGCGGCGAUACAAUCGUCUCGUUGUAGAACCAACAAUGAACAAUGAUUCCACUAUACAAUACACUUUGAGUAUUCGAUUUCAACUUAACGAGAACAUCCGAUCAAUGAAGCUGCUACAAACUAUGGUGUUCUUCUGUACGGUAUCGAACUUCUUUUGCUUUCUGCUCGUGGCUGGAGUUCAUAUCGAUUGGAUGCACCUUGGUUCUGACGUCAUCGCUCAUUAUUUGGACGCCAUCCUUAACCUCUAUAUUGUUAUAUAUGCUGCCUUGAUACCUAUUAUCGGUCGGUUCUUUGACGAGCAGAAGAUUCUUCCGGAGCGCACGACUGCUGAGGAAGGCCACAUCUAUUUUGUCAAUCUGCAAAAGCAAUGGAAUGCGACUGGUCCUGCGAAAAAAUCGAAAAGAAAAUAA